CGCCCGCCCACCCACCGUAUACCGCCGUGCACCUUUGUCGUAUUUUCAGAGCUUAUUCCCGUUUUCGGUCCAAAUGGAGGGCAGUGGUUGAGCUUGGAGUGUGUAGUUUGAAUAUAAGUGAAUUGGAAAUUUGGAAUAGAACAGUGGCGUGUUUACUGAUGCCUUCAGCUGAGUCUUUCUCAUAGAAAUGGACAAUUCUGCUUCAUCUGAAGAGCCUCAGAAGAAGCGCCCUCACCUCAGCCCCGUUAUCCUUUCUCCCGUGGCUCGUCACUCUGUCUCCUCUUCCGAUAACAAAACGGUUGAUGCUGCCGAUCUUCAGUAUCAAAAUCAGAAACUUGUCCGGCACUUGGAUUUACAGAAACAAGAAUUGCAUGAUCUUGAAGAAAAAAUAAAAGAAUUACAAGUUAAACAAGCAGCUUAUGAUGACAUAUUGAUUUCAAUAAACCAGCUAUGGAAUAAGGUAGAUGAUGACUUAAUCCUUGUUGGAGCAAAAAUUAAGACAGAUCAAAGACCACUGCAGCGGUUAAGUCAUGUGGAUCAUUCUCGAGAUUCAAUUCCAUCUUGCCCUGUAGAAGAUAUUUUUCUAUGUAGAAUAUUGAAUAAGGAUUCUAUUCAAAGUGGUGGGCAUGGUGUAUUGAUUGCGGAUGUGAAAGAAGCUCUGGAUUUCAGACGUUCUUACACUAUGGAGCUGAUGACAUCCUUGGAAAGUGCUUUUGAUGCUCAGAGCUCUAAAUUGAAAGAGGUUACUAAUGUUUUGGAUGUAAAACCAUCUUUAGCAGAUGUUACAACUCUCUCAAGCAAGAUUGAUGAUGCAAUGAAAGAUGAGGCAUGCAUAUUGCAUCUUUUGAUCCAUGCUCUUCAUCAGAGGCAUCAAGAAUAUGCAAAAGCAGUUGAGAUUGAUGAACAAAACCCAAAGGAUCGAUUAGAAUUAAAGCGCCUUGAGGGUGAACUCGAAGAAAGUGUGGCAGAACUUGAAGAAAGUAGAAGAAAGCUAGUUAGUUUGAAAAUGCAGAAAGAGGCUGCUUCAGCACGAGAGCCAGCAGUUAUGGGUUCAGUAGAUGGGAAUUCAUAUAGAACAAGGAGCGUUCAGGAACUGAAGGACACCAUUGAGGAGACAAAGGUUUUGGCAGAGGACCGCCUUGUUGAACUUCAAGAUGCACAAGAAGACAAUUCUGUCCUGCUAAAGCAGUUGCAGGAUCUCAAGGCUGACCGGAGAGAUGAUAAAUUUGUAUAUUCAUCUCGUGCUUAUACUAUAUUGAUUGAUCAACUUCAUCACUGGAGGGCUCAGGUGGAUCGAUACAAAGAACUAGUGGAGUAUCCUCAGGCUGACAGGUCUCUCAUUGCAUGGAGGGACAAAGAAUUGACAGUCAAAGCGGAGUCUGUGGAUGGUGCUCAUAAGUUUAUAAAUGAUUCAGAGUUAAAGAUUGGAGAACUGGAGCAUGAACUCCAGGGAUGCAUUAUUGAAAACAAUGAACUGGCAGUCAAAAUGGAAGAAGCCCUUCAAGAUUCAGGUCGAAAUGACGUUAAAUCUGAGUUUCAGGUAAUGACUUCUGCUUUGUCAAAGGAAAAAGGAAUGAUGAGAGCUCAGUUGAACCGGUGGAAGGAUGCAGCUCAAGAGUCCCUUAGCUUGCAAGAAGAAGCACAUACACUCAAAACUUCACUGGAAAAUAAGAUUACUGAGCAAAAGGAUUUGUCAGACAAAUGUGCUCAAAAUUUUGGAGUGAUUAAAUCAUUAAAGACACUUGUAGAGAAAAUGCAGCAGGAACAGGAAGAGCGUAAAAUAAUAUUGGACAUGCAUAGUCAGCAAAUCUAUGAUAAUAGAAAUGUAAUGGAAAUUCAAGAAUCAGAACGUAGAGCUCACUUACAAGCUGAGUUUUUGAGAAAUGCUCUUGAUGAACAUGGCCUUGAAUUGAGAGUCAAAUCUGCUAAUGAAGCCGAGGCAGCUUGCCAACAUAGGCUUUCUACUGCAGAAUCAGAACUUGCGCAAUUAAGGGCUGAAUUGGAAGCUUCAGACAGGGAUCUCUUUGAGCUCAGAGAGACCUUCAAAAUGAAAGAAGGAGAAGCAGAAGCAUGUAUAUCUGAGAUUGAGACUAUUGGACAAGCUUAUGAAGACAUGCAGAACCAGAAUCAACAUCUGUUGCAGAUGAUGGCUGAAAGAGAUGAACUUAAUAUAAAGCUGGUCUCCACAAGUGUAAAGACAAAACAGUCACAGAGCUUACUACUCUCUGAAAGACACACAUUAGCUAAACAACUUCAACAAUCUAAAACUACACUCACAUCUUUAAAACUGAAGGUUGCCCAGAGUGAGGAGCAGAUGAAAGGCUACAUUAUGGAAGCUUUAAGCUCUGCUGAGGAAGACGGACAGGAAAUAGUUUCCCUUGAGAGUAUGAAGUGGGAAUUGAUGGAUGCUGAGAAGGAACUGAAGUGGUUGAAAUCUUCAGUGUCGUCUUCUCAGAAAGAAUAUGAUCAGAUCAAGCGAAAGAUCGAUCAAAUACAGACAGAACUUGUCACUGAAAGAAGUGAGAAGACAAAACUUGAUGAAGAGCGAACGGAUUUGAAUAAAAUUGUUGCUGAGUUAACAUCUGAGACCGUGGAAGCAGCAGUACAGAGACUUCAGGAAGAAAUCAAUGACUGCAAAGCUAUUAUCAAAUGUGGUGUCUGUAGUGAUCGACCCAAGGAGGUUGUAAUUGUAAAGUGCUAUCAUCUGUUCUGCAAUCAAUGUAUUCAAAGGAAUCUAGAGCUCCGCCAUCGGAAAUGCCCUGGUUGUGGAACUGGAUUUGGGCAAAAUGAUGUGAAGCGUGUGAAAAUCUAAAUCAGCCACCAUUGCUGGUCAGUAAAGUUGUAUAGUACAGAGACCCAUCAUUUUGCCUCCUUUUUGGGAAGGAUCACAGUUUUUGCCACUAUGGUAACCUACCAUCAACAUGACCUCACGGUUUCUUCCCUUCUCUUUUAUAGAUCAUUAUUAGAUUGUCUUCACUUCAAAAAAGAUGCAAAAAAAAGGGAAGAAACGAAUCAGAGGCUCAACAGGGGCUGGGUAAAGAAGAAGAUAUAUGCAUGUAGUAGCUUUUAGGAUUAAUUAUUAUUUAUGCAAAAACAAUUUUUUUGUGCUAAUGACUAAUGUAGAUUUGUCCAGUUUCUUUUACCUACACUUUUGAAACAAGAUAUUGCAUCUUAAAAAUUAAGAUAUGUUUUCCAUUAGUCAGAAAUGCAGCGUGGAUGAGAAACUGGCCAAAAGUAACCUCCUUGCUCAGACCAGUUCUACUUGCAGUCAGUCCUAAUCCAACCCUACAAUGCUCAAUACAUUGCAAAUGCAAAAUCGAGAUAGCUAUCAACAAGUCAACCUUAAAUUGCAACUUCGUAAAAGAGCCAAAGCUAUAAGGAAGAAUCCAUCAGAAUUCACGAAGCGUUGAACUAAGCUUCGGAUAUUGACUUAAAUUCCAGGAUUUCCAGCGUAGUACUACUUUGACCAUUGCCAUUCAGAACUGUGUAAAUAUAUGGGUUACCGCAAGUAGGCAGAAAUGCUUACACCGUAUUACGGAUUAUAAGUUUAAACUGGCUUGUUUAACAAUUGGUUGUUAACAGUUAGUUGAUUGUGCUAGCGGCCUUAGGAUGUUUUAACUCAGAUUGUUUUCAAUUUCAGAUAAGAUCAGAU